UGAACAAACAUCACAAAUAAUAACAAAAGACACUUUCCGGCCGUCGUUUAUUCACGAAGCUGUUUACGUCAAUUCCGCAGCAGCGUUGCUACGUAAACACGCCCUCUACGCUCUCAGCGUAUGCAGCGCUAAUCGCAGACGUCGGUACGGUAGGAGGCCAAGUCGAGUCGUCUGUUGAGAGGCAUCAAGCCAAAACAAGUCUCGCGUUUUCAGUUCAUAGUUUACAAACCAGCUACAUAUUUUAAUGUAAUUUACCCUUGGCGGCAGCAUCUCACCAUGGCGAGCCAGAAGCAGUGCUAGGAUCUAUCUGAGAUAAGGUGUGGGAGCGAGGCUGCUCCCAAAUUCCCUCCCCUCGCCCUCCUGGACGACCCCAAAAUGACCACAGGGGAGUGUUGCCACCUCCCGGGCUCCCUGUGUGACUGCACUGGCAACACUGCCCUGUCUAAAACUGUGGAGGAAGCUGAUAGCCGUCGGGCUCAGUACGUCACCCAAGUCACGGCUAAGGAUGGACGUUUACUGUCUACUGUCAUCAAAGCCCUUGGCACGCAGAGCGAUCGGCCGAUUUGUCGGAUCUGCCACGAGGGUCAGGAUGUGUGCAACAGUGAGGGGCUUCUCUCCCCGUGUGACUGUACCGGAACGUUGGGAACGGUACACAAAAGCUGCCUGGAGAAGUGGCUGUCGUCUUCUAACACCAGCUACUGUGAGCUGUGCCACACUGAAUUUACCAUCGAGCGACGGCCGCGGCCGCUUACAGAGUGGCUCAGAGACCCCGGCCCUCGAAAUGAAAAGCGCACCCUUUUCUGUGACAUGGUGUGCUUUCUGUUUAUAACGCCCCUAGCCGCCAUCUCGGGCUGGCUGUGUCUACGGGGGGCACAGGACCACCUGCACUUCAAUAGUCGCCUGGAGGCGGUCGGCCUCAUUGCCCUGACCAUCGCACUCUUCACCAUAUACGUCCUUUGGACUCUGGUCUCAUUCCGCUACCACUGUCAGUUGUACUCCGAGUGGAGACGAACCAAUCAGAAAGUCCGCUUGCUCAUUCCCGACACCAAGGGUGCACACUCUACCCAGCAUUCCUUGCUCUCCACCAAGCUGCUGAAAAAGACAGCAGACGAGACCAUAGUAUGAGAGACGUGGUGCCUGGGGCCCGAGCGUGGUGGUAUUAGCGUGCAACAGGUUCUUGACGCGCUGUCGUCAACUAGAGCCGCGGCACCAUUGGAUGCAUUCUUUUCUAUUUAAUCCUUUAUAUCUAAAUAUGUGAGCACUUCGUUUUUAUUUCACCAGUCUCUUUUAUUGUCUCGUUUUUUUUUUUAGCCUUUAUAAGUGUGUUGUUUAAAAGAAACCUUUAUUUAUUUGGGGCUUGAACAGCUACGCUGAGGCCCCGUACCAUUCAGUAUGCAUUGUAUUUUAAACAAUCAGAAAUCUAACUUAUGUGUACAGACAAUUCCUUUGAGCACAGCAGUGAGGGAUUUCGACUCGAGUACAUACAGCUGCUGAAGCUUUAAACCAAACCUUUCUUUCAUUUUCGAGCAUUUUUCUACUCUACCUUCAAGUACUUUCCAUCUUCACCCGACAGCGAAUCGGUCCGAAGCGAUUCCUGGCGAACUUGCUCCUGUAUGACUUAAAUAUAUGGAGAAAUAUAUAUAUAUAUAUAUAUAUAUAUAUAUAUAUAUAUAUAUAUAUAUAUAUAUAUAUAUAUAUAUAUAUAUAUAUAUAUAUAUACAGUAUGUUAAACAAGAAAGCUAUAAGCUCUGUCAAUAGUAUUACUAGGCCCCUAAGAGGCCCUUUGCAUUUUUUAAGGGGCCUGGGAAAGAAAUAUGGACACAUGGCGAUCCGGGCAGUCAAGCUUGCCCUCUUAAACGCGAGAAAGACAUACGAGCGCAUUACAAGUGCAGGUUUCAACGCAUGCCAGUUUCCAUGUAAAAAGUCUCAUUAAAUCAGCGACUGUUCAGUGUGAAGUUCAUUCGAGAUUUGCUGAGGUUGCUUUUCCAAAACGAAUGAUCUUGUAAAACAUGCAGCAUGCGGUGGUCCUAAAGUGGUAGCACUUUCCGACAACGUAGCCUAGAUGUGAGCUGAUCAAAUGUAGAUACAUGUACGCUUUUGCGAUCCAACAAACCUGUGUCGUGUUGAGACCCCGUUUUGUAUCGGAUCACAUUCAAGCGGCUAAAAAAUGAUGUUUUGGUGAGUGUUUGAAGAUGGACGUCUGUAUGUGUUUACAGUAUGCAUUUUUACAUUAUGCCGUUUCAGCUGUAUCAAACUGAUAAUGGCACACUUGGGAUUUUGUAGCAAUUUAGCCUGUGGAGGACGCAGGCCAGAAGGUCAAGCUAAACUCGGGAUGCUAAACUUAAUUGCUAUCGCUAAACCUCCUUAUCCACGACUGACACUACAGUAUCAAGUAUCUUUUAGCUGUGCAUCCAAGAAAAAUGUCGGCAACCAUAGCUUUUUGUUUCUCCUGUUGAAGUACCAUCUGAAAGUAUAUCUAGAUUGAUUCUUUGGGAUAUGCAGUAGCGUAUAAUUGCACAUUUGCCACUGUUAAAGGGAUAGUUCACCCAAAAAUGAAAAUUCUGUCAUCGUUUACUCAUUCUCAUGUUGUUACAAAUCUGUAUACAUUUCAUUGUUCUGAUGAACACAACAGAAGAUAUUUUGAGAAAUGUUUGGAAUCGAUCAAAGGCCCCAUUGACUUCCAUAGUAUUAUUUUUAUACUAUGUCAAUGGGGCUUUUGGUCACAAAGAUUUUUUGCCAUGCAUACCCUACACAAGAGGAGAUGCAUGGCAAAAAAUCGAGAACCACUGCCUUAGAAGAUUGCUUUUUUAGGUCUUAGCAGAAAUUUGUUACUAUGAACUGUUGUUGAAAAAAAGAGCUGUCUUAAAGGGACAGUUCACCCAAAAAUUACAAUUAUGUCAUCAUUUACUCACUCUCAUGUUGUUACAAACCUGUAUACAUUUCUUUGUUCUGCUGAACCCAAAGAAGAUAUUUUGAGCAAUGUUUGUAACAAAACCAUUUUUGAGCAUCAUUAGUAUUUUAUUCCUACUAUGGAAGCCAAUGGUGCUUUAAUACAAAUAUCUUCCUUCAAGAAAGAAAUUUAUACAGGUUAUUUGCAGUCUCAUGAGGGUGAGUAAAUGACACAAUUUUCAAUUUUGGGUGAACUAUCCAACUUUCCACAAAACGAUAUGCAAGUUUAAAAUUACAUCGGUGAGUAAAUAAUACUAAAAAAAAUAUAUAAUAAUAGUGUUGGGUGAACUGUUUCUUUUUCAUAAAAUGAGCAACCUCUGAUAUGAAGGUCCAGAUUAACUCUUUAAUUGUAAAUUUGAGGAUCAAAUGUAAAUUUGUAGAUACACUGACUAAAUGUCUCUGUUCUUAAAAGUGUUGUGCGUUCUAGAUCCAGGAUUUUGUGUGUGUGUGGAGCAAACAAGCCCAUGAAUGUCUUGAGUUAAUCGCUUUUUUCAGGGACGCAUUCGAUAGGCCUGCGCUUUGAUGCUUGUAGUCCAUGAGCACCGCUAACCAAUGAGUUUCAUACAGAAAUGUGCUUCUGUAGGUGGAAUUCAAGCGUGAAAAAUUUUAAUUCACCACUCAAAAAUGUCUCCUUGCAUUCAAAUUGUAAAGGAAAGUAAUCUUUAAAUAGAUUAAGACCACAUUAUUUUGUAUGAAGAAAAAGUUGUGCAAUACAUAACAAAACACAAUAGCAUUAAUUAUUGUGAUUUUAUUUUAAAUAUUUGGUUUUGAGGUAAAAUUAUAAUCAUUGUCUAUCCCAUUGCUCAAGUUGAUCUUUUGUGGUGAUCUGAACCAACAUCUCAAGUCUUAUUUGCGGUCAAAGGAAUACCAACAAAAGGCAACUUUGGUGGCUCACUGCUUCCUUGAGGAAUGCUUUCUCUCAUUGUUGUGCUUCCACCUGCUUUUUUCACUUUUUGGGUCAUUUACUGGUUAUUUUGCAAUGUAGGGUAAUACAUUGAGAGUGCAAUUUUAAAAAUAUUACAAUGCAAUUCUUGCCUAUAACCUUAACAAUACAUGUAUGAUAUUAACAAUACAUAGAUGUAGAUGUUGUUGCAUAUGAAGAACUUUAGGAGGAGAGGGACAUUGUUGAGCUUCGUUUUAUUUAAUUGAUAAUUCAGUUUUUAUGCCAACUUGCAGUGGAUUUGGAUGAGCUGGCUAUAAUAUGCAACCCUGCCAGAGCAGCUCAGCAGUUUAAAUGAUGUUAAUAGAAGUAAACCCGUUCUUAUUAAAACUGUUCAUCAAAUGCAUGCUUUCUUUUUUUAUUUGAAGAAAUGACACUCACAAAUUGAUGGAAAUCCCAUUCUGAAUUUUUGAGAGGAUUUAAACUUUUGUUGCAGUUUAAAAGGAGAUGUUUUAUAUCAAAGCCGUCUCUUUGUCAGGAUAAACUUAAUUGUAAAUGUACGCAUAGUUUGUUGUUCAGUUUAAAUAUCUCUAAUUUUACCGGUGUGUUUUAAUGUAUUCAUACUGUAUGUAUCAUUUUGUUAUUCUUGUUUCAUUUAUUCAUCAUGCACAGGAGUUUUUUAACUCGAAACAUUUGACUGAUUUGAGAUACUACAAUGUUUAUUAUGUUGUGCAGUGGCUAACGAAUGGUGUUUGUAAUGUCCUCACCAAAAUAUGUUGGUGCUUGAAAUCGGCCAAGAAAAGUGUGCAUAUUAAAAACAAUGCUCUGGA